GUCAUCAUCAGGAGAACGACACGCUCCCCAGCCGCACCAUUCCACCACCAAUUCUUCAACAACACUCACCUGGUACAGAUACUCGUGCAAGACAUGUCUGAGAUUGUUUUACGUGAUGCACGCUACUCGGAACUUCCGGAGAUUGCCCACGUGAUGGCACAGGCAUUUUGGGAGGAUAACCUGUUUGGCGAGCUUAUACAUCCUCAUCGCAACGAGCAUCCUGACGAUGUAGACCUAUACUGGCUGCGGCGGGCACGCGUCAACUUUUGGGAUUAUCGAUGGAAAUGGCUCGUCGCCGUGACUAAAGAUGAUAGUGGUCAGGACGUUAUUGCUGGGAUUGCGCAAUGGGCGAGAUUGGGAGAAGGUGGCCGGAAACUGGAGUGUUGGGCCCUGGAUCCUCGAAACCUGCUCAAGCCUCUGUCUUCUGUUGCCAUGAAGCUUCAUGCUUGGAUCUGGCCUAACCGCGCAAGCAACCCCAAGGAUGAGGACAUCAUAGAGCGGGCGUACCCUUACUUUGAAGACAUAUGGAGCGGCAAGCGCGCUGAAACGUGGUACCUGGAAGGAUUAGCAGUGCGCCCAGACUUGCAGGGGAAGAAAGUAGGACAGAAGCUUGUGCAGUGGGGGCUUGAACAGGCCGAGGCCGAGGGGAUCUGCGCUUCCGUGGUUAGCGCCUUGGGCAAGGACGAAUUCUACACCAAGUGUGGGUUUAACGAGCAGUACGGCUGCGCUAGACAGGGCGAGGGAAAUCCUCUAGCAGACACCGAAGGUGCUAACAUGUUCUGGAAAUGGCCCAAGUCUAAAUAGGAAGUUUACGAUGACUUUCUUUUCAGACCAUGAAUGGAGCCUCACGAUAGGUUUCGAAUGAAACAUAUGACGUCUGGAGGCGAGGCAGCUUGCGCAAUGGGCAGCCCGUUCUAACCGACCUUCCAUUUCGGUUUUAACUCGUCUUAGAUAGAACCUAAUGGUAGGUCUUGAAGGAUUCAUUAAUUAUAUAACAACC